UAUUUCACGUUCAGAGCCCUCCCUCCCUCCCAUUACCAGUCGCUGCACCCCCACCCCCACCCCGGACGCCGUCUCAGCGGCUGCCGCCGCACGCUGCAAUCCCUCUCCCAUUCUCUAGCCUCUCCCAGCAAUCGGAGUUACUUAUCUCUAUUUUAUUUUCUCAGAAACACGGUGGUUCAGCCCCUAAUCCGCGCCAUUCGUAGGAUCCUGCCGCUGCCGCUCAUUUUCGGAUCCCCUAGGGGUUGCAAGGGAUUUUGAAUUUAUCGUCGAGGAAGGUAGUUGUUAAUUGAAGGUUAUCUUGUGCUACCAUGGCGACCAGGCUUAUGUUUGAGAACUCAUGUGAAAUUGGGGUUUUCUCCAAGCUCACAAAUGCUUAUUGCUUGGUUGCAAUUGGUGGCUCUGAGAACUUCUACAGUGCCUUUGAAUCUGAAUUAGGCGGUGUCAUUCCGGUCGUUAAAACAUCCAUCGAUGGCACGCGCAUUAUUGGUCGUCUAUGUGCUGGAAACAAAAAUGGGCUUCUUGUACCACACACCACUACUGAUCAAGAACUUCAGCAUUUGAGAAACAGCCUACCUGACCAAGUUGUUGUCCAACGUAUACAAGAGAGACUGUCUGCUCUGGGGAAUACAAUUUCUUGUAAUGAUCAUGUUGCUCUCACACAUACUGAUCUCGACCGGGAAACUGAAGAGCUCAUUGCUGAUGUUCUUGGAGUAGAGGUCUUUAGGCAGACGGUAGCAGGCAACGUUCUCGUGGGAAGCUACUGUAGCUUCACGAAUAGGGGUGGCUUGGUUCAUCCACAUACGUCCAUUGAAGAUUUGGAUGAGCUAUCAACCCUUCUUCAGGUCCCUUUAGUUGCUGGAACAGUGAAUCGUGGAAGUGAAGUGAUUGCUGCUGGAUUGAUAGCAAAUGACUGGACUGCAUUUUGUGGUUCAGACACGACUGCGACCGAGUUAUCGGUGAUCGAGAGCGUUUUCAAAUUGAGGGAGGGUCAACCAAGCUCCAUUGUUGAUGAAAUGAGGAAGUCGCUAAUAGACAGUUACGUGUGAAGUGUCAUGUAAUGCUACACCUGAUUCUUGCAAGCAAGCAAUUGUUAUUACUGCUGCCUUUUUCCUUUUGUUAUGUUUAACAACUUUGUGAGUGUGUAAUUCGACUCUGCCCUCAAUAGUGUUUUGGUUGAAAUUGGGAUCCAUAUUUGCUAUUA